AUGGGCGAGCGUUGUUGUGCGGCGGUGGUGCGGGUGCUGGUGCUGCAGGCGGCCUGGGCGCUGUCGGGCGGGCAGGUGCGCUACUCGGUGCCGGAGGAAGCCAAGGCCGGCACGGUGGUGGGCCGUCUGGCGCAGGACCUGGGGCUGGAGGCGGGCGAGGCGGAGGCGCGGCGGCUGCGGCUGGUGGCGCAGGGCCGGCGGGCGAGCGUGGAGGUGAGCGGGGCGAGCGGCGCGCUGCUGGUGAGCUCGCGGCUCGACCGGGAGGAGCUGUGCGGCAAGAGCGCGCCGUGCGCGCUGCGCCUGGAGGUGCUGCUGGAGCGGCCGCUGCGCGUCUUCCAUGUGCAGCUGGAGGUCACCGACAUCAACGACAAUGCCCCCGUCUUCCCCUGCCGCCCGAAAAAACCUCACUUUUCGGAGAACUCCCCUCCUGGGUUUCGUUUCCCGCUGGAGGGCGCGUCGGAUGCGGAUAUCGGAGCGAAUGCGCAGCUCACCUACACACUCAGCCCCAGCGAGCAUUUUAGCUUGGAAGUGAAAUCCAAAGAUGAAAAUAAAAUCUCUGUACUGCUCGUAUUAACGAAACCCCUGGACCGCGAGACGAUUCCCGUGCACCGGUUGGUGCUGACGGCGACUGAUGGGGGCCGGCCGUCUCUGACAGGCACGAUGGAGCUGGUGAUCUCGGUGCUGGAUGUGAACGACAAUGCACCCCAGUUCAACCAGUCUGUGUAUAAAGUGCAGCUGCCGGAAAAUACGGUCCCGGGAACUGUGUUUUUCCAGCUAACAGCGACAGACAAGGAUGAGGGAAUUAAUCAAAAAAUAUAUUAUUCUUUUAGCGAUGCAGUUUCGGCCAAAUUUCAGGAUCUUUUUAAAAUUGACGAAAAUUCCGGGGAAAUACGGACUACGGGUGAAAUGGAUUUCGAGGACACUCAGUCAUAUGACCUGGAGAUCGAAGCGACGGAUAAAGGGACACCCCCGCUGUCGGGUCACUGCAGCGUGGAAGUGAAGCUGGUGGACGUGAACGACAACGCGCCGGAGGUGUGGGUGACGUCGCUGUCGGUGCCGGUGCCGGAGGACGCGUCGUUGGGGACGGUGGUGGCCCUGCUGAGCGUGUCGGACCGGGACUCGGGGGAGAACGGGCGCGUGCGGUGCUGGGUGUGGCCGGCGUCGCCGUUCGGUCUGGAGGCGACGUUCUUGGGCUCGUACUCGCUGGUGCUGCGCGAGGCGCUGGACCGGGAGCGGGUGUCGGAGUACGAGGUGGAGGUGCGUGCGGAGGACGGCGGGGCGCCGGCGCUGCGCGCCAGCCGCGGGCUGCGGGUGCCGGUGUCGGACGUGAACGACAACGCGCCCUUGUUCGCGCAGGCCGUGUACACGGUGCUGGCGCGGGAGAACAACGCGGCGGGCGCGGAGCUGGCGCGGCUGUGGGCGCGGGACCCGGACGAGGCGGCCAACGGGCGCGUCAGCUACUCCGUCUGGGAGGGCGGCGUGGCCGGCGGCGGCGGGGCCGCGGGGUCGUCGUCGGGGGUCGGGUGGCGUCCGGCGUCGAGCUACGUGUCGGUGGACGCGGAGAGCGGGCGCCUGUGGGCGCUGCAGCCCUUGGACUACGAGGAGCUGCAGGUGCUGCAGUUCGAGGUGCGCGCGGUGGACGCGGGCGAGCCGCCGCUGAGCGGCAACGCCACGGUGCAGCUGUUCGUGCUGGACGAGAACGACAACGCGCCGGCGCUGCUGCCGCCCGCGGCGGCGGCGCUGGCGGGGGCGGGCUCGGAGUCGGGCACGCUGUGGGCGUGGGCGGCGUGGGGGGCGCCGGCGGGGCAGGUGGUGGCCAAGAUCCGCGCCGUGGACGCCGACUCGGGCUACAACGCGUGGCUGCGCUACGAGCUGUGGGAGCCGCGGGGCAAGGGCCCGUUCCGCGUGGGGCUCUACAGCGGCGAGGUCAGCACGGCGCGGGCGCUGGACGAGGCGGACGGGCCUCGCCAGAGGCUGCUGAUCGUCGUGCGCGACCACGGCGAGCCGGCGCGCUCGGCCACGGCCACGCUCAGCGUGUCGCUGCUCGAGCCCAACGAGGCGGCGCUGGCCGCGGGAUCCUCGGCGGCGUCGGCGGCGGUGUCGCGCUCGGCGGCGGGCGUGGAGCUCGGGCCCGCGGCGGCGAGCGCGGCCACCAACGUGUGGCUGGUGGUGGCCAUCUGCGCCGUGUCCAGCCUCUUCCUGCUGGCCGUGGUGCUGUACGGGGCGUCGCGCUGGGCGCCGCGGGCGGCCGUGCUCUCGGGGCCCGGGCCCACGACGCUCGUGUGCGCCAGCGAAGUGGGCAGCUGGUCCUACUCCCAGCGCCACAGCCGGAGCCUGUGCGUGGCCGACGGCGCUGCCAAGAGCGACCUCAUGGUUUUCAGCCCCAACUUCCCUCCGCCGCCGCCCGCUCCUGCGGCCAAGGACACGCAGCCGGAGCCCUCCGCUCUCCUCGACACGUGGCAAUGUGUAACAGUGGAUGAGAUGCAGAUGGUGAAAUAG